UAAUCUGGCUGAGAGAGAGAAAAGGGAGAGAGGGAGGAGAUGAGAGAGAGGGGAAAAAGAGAAGAGACUUAAGAGUGUGUCACAAGCCAAACUAAGAAAUAGAGUGAGUGUAAAACCCUCAGCUGAAAGGCAAACACAUCAAAACACAAACUCUCUCUGAGGGAGACAGAGAGGAAAAGGGAUACAAGUAGAGUUGAUACAGAUAGGAGAUAAACACGGAAGCACCACUGGAUUAUUACACUAUAGACAUGGCAGUGACGGGAGACGAAACAGAAUCAGCCCUUAGAGCCCGAACAGAUCUGCAAGGAUUUCUUCAGCUCAGACUGCAUUACAUGUUUUACCAAUAAAGGUAUAAUGAUUAAGUAGAGAAUAUUGUACAUUCUAUUCUAAUGACUUUUAGUUUAAAUGCCUCCACCCCCAAACACAAACAUACACACUCAUUAAAACUUCUGGAGGCAACACUGUUUACUAAAUCAAGCCCCCUAAACCCAUGAACCAGAGAAAGACAGUGGAAGAAGAAAGAGGAAGGGGACGGGAGUUCUUUUCUGAUGACGUCAGUAAAUUUCCUGGAAGUAGAAGUAGAUCAUGAGGGGGAAUGUGAGAGCAGUAGAGAGGGGAGGGGAGACAGAGAAAGGACGCACACAGUGACGUAAGUGUGCUGUCACUCUGAUUAAACACACACAAGUACAUACACAAAUACAAAUACAUGCACCAUACGAAGACACUGUUCAGUGUCACAAGCUGUAAAACCGUUUUGUUGUUGUUGUUGAUUUUCAUGUUUUCUGAACUGUUGGCAGGACAUUGUCCAUUCAUGUUCAGCAUGUUAAAUUUAAUGCAUGGUUCUGAAAUUUCAGAUACUCGCAAGAAAAGAUGCUUAUAAUUUUUCUAUCACACCAAAUGACUUUCUUUCUUUUUUUCUCCCUUCCUUUCUAGAUAGAUUAUGUAUGUGGACGGAAAGCUGUAUUUUCCACUUAUAAUAAAUUUCUUGACAUUAUUCUUUGAAAUAUAACAUAUUACAAUACUAAUUCAUGAUGUUAAAACUUUAGAUGGUAAAAUAUCUCCCAGUGAAAAUAUGAUAAUAAACUAGUGAUUAAUUACACUAUAGUUUGGUGUAAUCUGCUUAUAAAUACAGAAUGUAGAAUUGCCCCAAUUUGAAUUAGGUUAACUUCUUGACAGUUAUUUGAUUUGACAGAAGUGUAAUUUCUAUAACAUUUAGAGAAGGAUGUUGCCACACAUUUUGAUAUAGGCAUUUGUGGAUAAAAAUUUAAAUCCUGUGGAUUGGAAUCUGCAUAGCAAUGUGUUUUGCAAGAAUACUUUAUUUUUGAUGCUUCCCUGAUAAAAGGACACAUAACUGGCAGACAGCGUUAAAUGAGACCAGAUCGAAACAGUUAAUGGAUUUUUUUUCAAGUUCUAAUUUUGCUAAUAAUUCAUUAAUUUAUUCAUUUUAGUUAACCAUUUUAUCCUGGUCAGAGUUGUGGUAGAUCUGGUGCCUAUCCCAGGAACACUGGGUGUGAGGUGUAAAUACACCCUGUAUGAGAAACAAGUCCCUUGCCUGGCACCAUACACAGAUUCACACCUAGGGGCAAUUCAGCAUAGCCAAUCCACACACCAGCAUGUUUUGGGAGCUUGGAGGAAACUCAAAAACCUAGAAACACACACAGACAUGGAGGGAACAUGCAAAGUAACCCAAGCUCAGUAUCAAACUGGUACCCUGGAGCUAUGAGGUGUCUACACCACUGCUGUUGCUAAUAAUGAUAGUAAUAAUUGAUAACUGUAACAACUGUUUUGGUUUAUACCGUAGCACUGUUUAAUUCUCUAAUCUGUAGGUUUGGACCAAUUUUUUAUAACAGCAUGGCUCUGACUGUAGUUCCUGCUGUCACAUAAAUAUGUUUAUAAUAAUGAUAUGUUUAUAAUAAUGCACACUUUCUAACAGAUAUAAUUUCUACAGUAACAGCUAAUUCACAGAGAUGUAUAUGGUGGAUGGUCCACAUAAUCUAAGCCCAAUAAACAGAUUAAGAAAAUGUGUUGCCAACAAAAAACUGUGUAAUCAUUUAUAUGUUGAAGCUUUCUGUUAGGUGACAUAUAUGUAACAUUUAUUGAAUCUCUGAAUCUCAGAUGUCAGUGCUUUGUAACAGUCAAUAUGUUUUCCUCCACAGGAGUAUUCCUGUGAGUAAAACGGGAGGACAGAAGAUUUUGCACUUUCCUGUUUCUCAGUAACAUGACAAGCUGCAUUUUUUGUCUUAUUAACUUCAAUAACUGUAGACGUUUGAAAAGUAUUAUGUUCAAAAAUAAAUAAAAAAUGUUAUCAAGUGGAGAAAUCACUAUGGUGUAAGAGAAAUAACACACUUCAGGCUGUGCUGUUAUAGGAAAAUUAACCAAUUCCAAUUUGUGCUGGGCCCAUCAUGUGUUAUUUUUUACUUAAUUAAUAAACUGAUUAGCCCAAUUAGAGCUGCACUUUAUAUCUCUCUGAAAGGCAAAAAUGACAGUUCUGACAGAUUUUUGUUGUUGUUGUUGUUGUUUAUUUUUUGUCCCAUCAUUGUUCUUGUGCCCAGGGCUUGUUUUAUUUGAGAUUUUUACCUAGCAGAAUAAAUGUGUUGUGUUUGUGACUGUUUUUUUUUGUUUGUUUGUUUUUUUUUUUGCUACUGGCCAGUUUUUGAAACUAUCACAUUAUUUUUGUAAUUGAUUUGCUUUUAUCUAUUUAUUUUAUAUUAAUAUGAUUAUUAGAAGUUCAUGCAUUUUUUCUGUUUGUGUGUCUGGGUGGGUGGUCAUAUAGCCGCUACAGGAGACAUGCCUGCAUGUCACAUCCGGUCCUCAUCGUCAGGGCUUCCACAAAGUAUGGUCAUGGCUGCAUCACCGGGGGAAAUCCACAGUCCGCAGCAACAAGCAGAGGAGGCUACACGCAAACGAGAGGUUCGCCUGAUGAAGAACCGGCAGGCAGCACGAGAGUGCCGUCGGAAGAAGAAAGAAUAUGUGAAGUGUCUGGAGAAUCGCGUUGCUGUGCUGGAAAACCAGAACAAAACACUAAUAGAGGAACUCAAAGCUCUCAAAGACAUUUACUGCCACAAGCCUGAGUAACAUAUAUACAGACAGACAGACACACACACAAACACACACUCCAAAUUAAUCACAUGUUUAAAGACUGAUCCUUAAACACCUACUGCAACAGAGGUUUACAGACUACCCAGAAUCAGGAAUAACUUCUGCUUGUGUAUGCUCUGAAUUGCUUUUUAUUUUAUGUAUGUUUUGUUGUUUUAUUUCAUGAAACACACACAUUAAAUUGAAACAUGUACGUUUGGAAGCCAACUGUGGAAGUCAUUCACAACAAAGACACACAAACAUGAAAGCUGUGUUGAAUUGAAUGUUGCAUUCUCACUCCAUUCUUGACAUUCCUGUGUUUUCUGAGUGAAAAGCAAUGUAUGUAGUUAUUUGGAAAGCAUGUCAUUACUAAACAUGGACCAUUUUAAGCCAAAUAAUACCUGCCAGAUUGGAAGUGAUUGUUGGGGUGUUUGUAUUGGCUGCCUUCUCUCACCUCUUUGUGUAUCUACUGUAGCAUUCUCCUAAGAACCAGGCUAUUAUGUUCUCACUCAGUAGAUGUUUGCCUAAUCAUGAUUGGGCCCUGCAGGUGUAAUGUGAUUUGAAUAUUUAAAUAUGGGUUUGGGUUGUUUUGCUGUAAGUGGAGAAGUGAAAGUGUUUCUUCAUAUUAAUGAAUUAAAGAAAAUGGUUGUAUAUCCCUUUGUAUAUUUAAA